AUGGCCAUCCUCGCCAAAAUCAAGGAGGACCCCCUCUACCAGGACCUCAACUGGCGCCUCGUUCUAAUCGGCAUCGUCUCCUCCUUGGGAGCCCUCGGCUUCGGCUUCGACAAUGGCUGGUGGGGUGGCGCGCUGGGGCUUUCCGAGUUCCAGCGCAAGUACGGUCCCUUUGAUGCCGAGCUCGGCCGCUACGUGAUCCCCUCGGACAAGCUCUCCGUCGGCACCGGCACCGGCUCGGCCGGCAUCAUCAUCGGCUGCGUCAUUGCGCCCAUAGUCACCUCCAAGCUCGGCCGCAAGAUGGCCUUCAUGAUCAUGUCAGCCCUCAUGACCACGGGCAUCGUCAUCGAGGCCACCGCCCUCACCUCCUUCUGGCAGCUGGUCGUGGGCCGCAUCGUCGUCUACUCGGGCAUCGGCUUGGCCUCCAACUGCGUGCCCAUGUACCUUUCCGAGACCUCCCCGGGCCGGGUCCGAGUUUCUUCACCUCAUUUGGUACAUUCCUGGCCACUCUUGUGGUGUAUGCGUCGAGAAGCCGCUCAGACCAGUGGCAAUACCUUAAAAUAUGUGCCUCUUUUGAUGGUCUGGCCGGUUCACAGCAUCGUUAUUCUCUGCCAACUCAUCGUCCCUUUUGGAUACAUCUCCUUCUGGUUCUUCCUCCCCGAGUCGCCUCGCUUCCUCAUCUACCGCGGCCGUUUUGAUGAGGCCGAGGUGGUCCUCCGCUCCCUCUCCAACCACCCGGAAACGGUUCCCCAGGAGAUCGAGCUCCUCAAGGCCCAGGUCGAGCAGCAGCGCGAGAACCACGCCGCCAUCACCGUCCUCGACUGCUUCCGCGGAACCAACCUCCCCCGUACCGUCAUCGCCAUGAGCGUGCAGAUCCUCCAGCAGGCCCAGGGCGUUUCUUUCAUACAAAACUGCAUCGUCACGUUCAUGCAGCAGCUUGGCUUCCCCGACGCCCUCCGCACCAAUGUCAUGGUCACCGGCUGCGGUUUCGCCGUACACAUCAUCACCUUUCUGACCUUCGACAAGAUAGGUCGUCGCCGGUCGCUGUCGUGGGGCGCCGUUGGUCUCGCAGCGUGCAUGAUGGCCACGGGCGCUGCCGCCACUCAAGGCUCCUCGGGGAGAUAUCCAGCUGCCGUGGCCAACGCUUCGGCCGCUCUGCUGAUCCUGUGGUAUUGCAUCUUCGGCUUCACCUGGGGCCCCGGUGCCUGGGUCACCGCCGCCGAGGUCGGCACUGGUCAGCUGCGAGAACGCACGCUGUUCCUCGCAUCCAUGGGCUCCUUUGUCACAUCCGUGCCCAUCAACUUCACCAACCCCUACGUGCAGCGCGCCAUUGGCGGUAGCGUCACUUUUAUCUACGGCGGCUUUUCAGUCUUGGCGACUCUCUGGGUGCUGAUGAUGAUCCCCGAGACGAAGAACCGCUCGCUUGAGGAGUUGGACAAGAUGUUCCAGGCAAAGGUACCCACAAGGCAGUUUAAGACAUACUAUUGCACCGGGCUCGCUGCGAACAUCGCACAGAUAGGCGCGAAUAGAGCUGUUGCCAAGGACAUUACACCGAAAGAGGAGGUGGAGGAGCGGGAGCCUGCGCAAAAGCUAUUGUAA